CGAACAGUCCCUAAACUACAUGCAUCUGCGGGUCCUGCAUUGUUCACUGCAGUUCUGCAGCCCACCGUGCCUGUGUAUCAGCAAAGACCCAAUCUAAAGAAAAAAUGCCCUGUACACGCUCCAAGGUAAGAAAUACAGCCUUACAUUACUCUUAUUUAGACAAAUUCAGCAUGACCUUAUGUUUGGGCAGAUAAGUGCACCCAAUUGCCUCAGUUUUUUAAAAGCUUUUAACUCUGGACGUUUUGUGGGUCACCUCACUUAAAAGUAUGCAUGCUCAAAAUAUUAGCAGAUAUUUGCAUUGCAUUGAGUACCAACACUGCAAAAUAAAACCCUUUUGAAUGUAUUAUACUAGCAAUGCAAAGUAAGAUAUUGUAGUUUGUUGGUAUUCCUUUUCAUCAUUAAGCAGAAUAGACACCGAAAUAUGUCCAGGUUAGAAUCUGAAAUCGCACUAAAGUAAAUUGGAUAGAAGCAUGGGAAAAUAUAGUUAUGUUUUUUUUUUCAAGUAUGCAAGAUCCAGUCACCUACAUAUGGAGCAGUUUUAAAGACAGGGGUGUGUCCUGAUGACUGUUCAAGCUUAAGAUACAGACCACGAACCCUGAGAAUCCGAGAAACCACUGAUCUGAACUUACUUACAAAAAUACCGUUGAAUUUUCCUUUUAUCGCUUAGACAUUUUUAUUUCUCAUUUUUCUUUUUUUUCUUGGUUUGUUGUGAUUGUGUAUUUCAUUUUGCUUCACUUAAAAAUAGGUUGCAAUGAAUAUUUUAAAUGAUGGUUGUCACUACAAACAGUAAGACUAAGUUUGAGCAUGAAAUCCUUAUUUGAAGUCUGUUGGUAUGAAUUUGCUUAUUUUCUAGGUCACCAUUUCUGCCCUGAUCCCACAUUCUGGUGUAAAGACUUAGCAGUGAUUUUAUUUUCAUGCUGUUGCUUAUUUACCUGUUGAUUUGUAGACUCUGGCUUCCCAGCCUCCGUCCACCAGGAUGAGUUUAAGGAGUUUCCGAAAUGUCCCCCUUGUUCCCAUCGAAACGUCGUCCUCUUCCUCUGAAGACAGCUGUGAUAGCUUUGGCUCUGAUGGAGGCUUUGCAAAUACGGUAAUCUUAAAAACCUUUUCCAUGAUAUGGUCUGUAGAGUGAGGUCUUUGCAGCAUCUGAAACUAAAGAUUCUCUUUUUGUGUAGAGGAGCAGCUUGAGACCAACGAGGAGGAUGGUGGUCAAGACGAAGUCGUUUGAGGCUUCAUCAGGGGAGGAUUCGUGCAGCGGGUUCGAGAAUGCGAUCAACACUCAGAUGAAGGCCAUGGUAAAUUUGAAAACAGGCGUAUAAAUCACACUGCAUGUAUAAAAAAAAGUUAGCAGGCAUCAUUCCAAUUGUUCUCUGACUCUGUUUUAGAAAGUAGACACGGAAACACCAAAACGUGGCCGCAGGCAGAAUGUUUUGAAGGUGGCCAUGACGUUUCCCACCAAAAAGACUGGAAGAAAGAGACCCGCAUCUGAGCAGCUCCCUCCAAAAAAAGAACAGGACCCAGGCUCUGAGGAGGAAGAGGAGGAGAACUUUGUGCGAAAGAGAGCCCUGAAUAUCAAGGAGAACAAAGAAAUGGUAUGAUCUAGUUUUGUUUGUCAGAAGUGAUUUCUAUUUAAGAAUGUUGUUCUUUUGAUAGUUUUCUUACUUUGAGAUUUAACCCAUUAAUUUAUGUUUUUUACCAGCUUGCAAAGCUUAUGGCAGAACUUGACAAAGUCCCUGGACUCUUUCCUGGACGGAUGGCAUUAUCUGCACCCAAUACGGUACUUAGAACUCAGGAUAGCUGCCUGAAACCAUCAUCUCUCAUAUCACACCACCACACAGUUCCUUGGAUCAGUAUUAAUCCAAACUAUCUGACCUUUCUCAGCCUCAACGGGCACCUCGGCGCUCCAUGGGUACUCCAGGAGUUCGCAGAAAGAACCCAGAGCGUUUGUCUCGACCCCACACCCGCUCCCGCUCACUAGUAGAUGGACCUCCUAGCCCACCACCAGAGGAAGAGCCUGAGGACAAGUUCAGCCUGGUCCGCAAAGGCCGUUACUAUGAGGAAGUUGAUGAACCAGUAAGACCUACUUUCCCUCUCUCCUAACAAAGUCUCUUAUUUGACCACUUAAGUAAUAACCAUGUUCUGACAAGCCACGUUUGCUUCAUGUGCAGCCCCGCCGCCGCUCCUUCCAUUGGUCCAAGGCCAUCCCGCAUGUUGUGAGACCUGUGGAGGAAGUCACAGAGAUAGAGCUGCAGAGGAUUUGCACCAACGUGCGAGAGAAAGUUUACAACAGUGCUACUGUGAGUCCCACCAGAAAAGAAAUUAAGAAGCUGCUUUUAUUUACCUGAGAGCUUAAACUAAUAAAAAUGUGCUCCUCUUUCAGGGAUCCACUUGCCACCAGUGUCGUCAGAAAACAACUGACACCAAAACCAGCUGCCGUAAUCCAGAGUGUGUUGGGGUCAGGGGUCAGUUCUGCGGACCCUGUCUGCGUAACCGCUAUGGCGAGGAGGUUCGAGAUGCUCUGUUGGACCCGGUAAGUAUCUGGAUGUCAAAAUUUGCAUUUAUAGGUGAAUGACAGUGCUGGGCAUGUCUCAUGGGUUUCCUUCCCCUCUUCUCUAGGAGUGGCAGUGCCCACCGUGCAGAGGGAUCUGUAACUGCAGCUUCUGUCGAGCCAGAGAUGGCCGCUGUGCCACGGGAGUGUUGGUUUACCUCGCCAAAUAUCAUGGCUACGAUAACGUGCACGCCUACCUGAAGAGGUGAGUGCAGCAUUUGUAGAACUUGAAACAAAUUGUGAGAUUUUGGAUUCUCAUUUUAACAUGGUUACUCAUUUUCCUUCUUAUCUGCAGCUUGAAAAAGGAGCUGGAGGAGAGCGGCAAUUGAAGAGCUAAAGAAGAAGAACCAGACUCAGCAGCUGUUUCAACAAACACUGUUUCACUGUGUUUCAAGCACCACAAGAAGAUGCUGAAAGCUCCGUUUUAAACAUACCUUUCAAGUGUUUUAGGUUUUUAUGUUCUCCGUCUUCCAGCCUAAAGCUUGCAUCGGUUUCUGAGUCUCUUGAACUUUUAACAUGGCUGAUUUUGUCAAAACAACCCCCAUGAUUUUAAGUCUGUAAAAUGUUUGUAAAUAAUCUAAGUGGAUGGGAAAAAAAAGAAUCAUCAAAUCUGCUGUAAAAAAGGAAAUCAGCCUCUUUUUAGAUGAUCUGUAUUUUACAUUGUUUUAAAUGUAUGCAUUUUACACAGGCCCAUUUGAAAAUGAAUUAGCCUCCAUCCUUGUGCCUUUUUUGUUUUAAAAAAAAUCAGCUUGAUUUAUGUUUUUGAAAGUUGUAUUGAAAGUCUGCUAUGAGUGUGAAUGUUGAGGAAAAAAACAAAAAUGUUUGCUUUAGUUGGUAAGUCCUGUAGAAACAGUUGAGUGAUCUGCAGGCUGCUGAGGUGCUGCAGGUAGAAAGGGCACAGACCGGGGUCCACUGCCCCUCACUUCUUAAACUGUGUGAUAUAGUACAGCGCCUGGUUAAAUAUCCUUCAUUAGAUAACUGUCACUAAUGGUGUGGAAACAAUUAGCACACUCUAAUGGGAAUCUCAUACCUGUAAAUCAUUUGAUCCUGUUAAAGCACAUUUUCGCUCUGCUGCCGUCUCUUUGGCUCAUUUUCUGCUGUACUCUGUUAAGUAGGAAUGGUUGAAGGUGCUGCUGAAGAGGCUGUAGAGUUAUGGCCUGCAUUUUUUUCUUCAAGUGUAAUACUCUACACCAAAUGACAUGGAAUUAACCUCUAUGUGUUUUUUUUUUUUUUCUGAAACGUACUUCAUUUGACCCACACCGGGACUCACUGAUUACAUGACACAUUUUCUAAAUAAUCAACGGUCGAGAUUUGUUCUCCAGUUCAUUAUCUCGGAGCUGGUUGUGUUUAUCAGAUGUCUGAGUACUGCUGAAAUCCUGAUGGAUGAAUCUGUUAAAGCUCCGUUCUUCUCGUUGGUUUGUAUACAUUUUCAAUAAAGAAUUGAUGACUGCAGA